CGCAUAUGCAUUAUUUUCAAUGGUUCCUACUUCCUUUCAUUUUUUUCCACAUACUUUAUUGCCAUAGUCAAAAGUUUGGUUCAUAUGCAAUUAUGCAUGCAAGCUCAAGUCAAUCCAACCCAUUGCUAACCCUAACUGGAAACAGUAGCUUUUCUUUGUUUACUCGUUCAGGCUGAUCCCAAUUUAUGUGAAAUUGUUUCUUUCUUUGUCUUUGAAUAUCCAUAGUUGCUUCCUUAGUUACCAAUUGCUACUUUGCUGGUUGUGAAAUUUUAAGAGAGAUAGGACAUGACAGAGGUAUUACUUUCACCCCUUGUCGGUACCAUCUUGGACAGCUUGAAGUCGUGGUCCUUGAAAGAACUGGAACUUCCUGGGAGCCUCAAAACAGAAGUUGCGAGUCUUGAAAGUACGCUUACUACAAUCCAAGCUGUGCUCCAAGAUGCAGAGGAGAAGCAAUGGAAGAGUGAAGCUAUCAAGAACUGGCUUGGGAAGCUCAAACAAGCAGCUUACGAUCUGGAAGUCGUGCUCGAAGAUUUCAACACCGAAGCUCAAAGUCGUAGCCUGCAUACGGAUGCAAGAAGCCAGGUAACUACCUUCUUUUCUUUGCGGAAUCCGCUCUUGUUUCGCUUAGAUAUGGCACGUAAGUUUAAGAAUGUAAGGGAGAAAUUAGAUGUCAUUGCUGGGGAGAAAAGUAAGUUCCACUUGAGAGAGGGUGUGGGAGAAGCUGAAAUUGAACGGAAUGAGGAUAGGCAAACCAGCUCCCUUGUGAAAGAAUCGGAAGUACUUGGCAGAGCUGAUGAGAAGGAAAAGAUAGUUAGUAUGUUACUUUGUAAUGUGAGUCACCAUGAUGACCUCUCUGUUUAUGCAAUAUGCGGAAUGGGGGGUCUUGGUAAGACAACAAUCGCUCAAUUGGUUUUCAAUGACGUAAAUGUGGCGAAAGUCUUCGAUUUGAGAGGUUGGGUGUGUGUAUCUGAUGAUUUUGAUAUAAAAUGGUUGACUAAAGCGAUUGUGGAAUCCUUUGUAGGGAACUCGUGUGGUAUCCAAGAGCUAGAUCCCCUGCAGCGUUGUUUAGCGGAGAAGCUUGUUGGGAAACGGUUUUUGCUCGUACUAGAUGAUGUGUGGAAUGAGUACCAUGACAAGUGGGAUAGAUUGAAACAAGCUCUACAGUGUGGACGGAAAGGAAGUACGGUGAUUGUCACUACUCGACUCGAGAAAGUUGCUCUUAUGAUGGCUACAACUCCUUUCUAUCGCUUGGGAUGUUUGUCGGAUGAUGAUUCUUGGUCUUUGUUCAAGCAAAGAGCCUUUGGAAUGGGAAUGAAUGGAAGCAACGCAAACCUGGAAACCAUUGGGAGGCAAAUAGUGCAGAGAUGUGGAGGGGUACCAUUGGCAAUUAAGGCCAUAGGGAGCAUAUUGCGUUUUAGAAGUCAAGAAAGUGAAUGGUUACGUGUGAAAGAUAGUGAGAUAUGGGAUUUGGAAGAUGAGGGAAGCAGAAUCUUAGCUGUGCUGAGGCUAAGUUAUGAACAUCUUCCACCGUAUAUGAGACAAUGUUUUUCAUUUUGCUCGAUAUUUCCCAAAGAUUUUGUCAUGAAAAAGAACGAGCUUAUAGGACUAUGGAUGGCAAAUGGAUUUAUACCUUCUCGAGGAGCAUUGGAUUUGCAUGAUAUGGGUUGUGAAAUAUUCUCUGAAUUAACUUGGAGGUCCUUUUUUCAAGAAAUCAAAGAGGAUGUUGAUGGAACUGUUACAUGUAAAAUGCAUGAUCUCAUCCAUGAUCUCGCAACAUCGAUUAUGGGACAAGAGUGCUGUGUGAUUGAGGGAAAUGAGGGGUCACAGAUUCCAAAAACUGCUCGUCACUUGUUUGUUUAUAAUAGCAGUCCAUCGACAAACGUUAUGGACUUAACCAAAUUGCAACCGCUGCAAUCUUUGAUCCAACGUGGCUGUCGCUUUAACCUCUCUAAUCGUUCCGGUUUCUUCUGCAAACAAAAGUAUCUCAAGGUGUUGGAUAUGGAUUUUAAUAGUACCAAUAUUGCAUUUAAAAGUUCCAAACACUUGAGGUAUCUUUGCCUUCACGGUGCUCAUGUGAAAACUUUACCUGAAUCAACAAGCUCCCUUCAUAACUUGCAGACACUAAACCUAGGAGAUUGUUACAAUCUUCAAAUGUUACCCAAAGGUACGAAGAACUUGAAAAAUCUUAGGUACUUGGACAUCAGAAAUUGCGAUGCACUAACUUCUAUGCCUGUUGCAUUGGGACAACUGUCUUUUUUGCGCAAGCUUAGCAUGUUCAUUGUGGGAAAGGAAGAUGGUUGCGGCAUUGAUGAGUUGAAGGGGUUGGCCCUAGAGGGGGAAUUGAGCAUCAAAGGACUUCACAACGUGAAGAGUUUGAUGGAAGCUAAAAAUGCAAAUUUGAUAAAGAAGCACAAUUUAAGAUCACUUAGCUUAUCUUGGCGAGUAAGCAGCAACGCGAGCUCUCAUUAUCAAAAUGAUGAAGAGAUUCUUAGUGCUCUCCAACCUCAUUCAAACUUGAAGAAGUUAUGCAUAAUUGGUUACCAAGGUUUGAUGUUUCCGUAUUGGAUGAUGGAUGUGCUUCUACCAAACCUCGUUGAAAUCGCACUAGAAAACUGUGAAAGAUGCCAUCAGCUACCACCUCUAGGGAAAUUGCGCUUCCUUAAGGUCCUUAAUAUUUGUAAAAUUAGUGCUCUUAAGUAUAUUGACGACACCUUCUAUGGUGAUAUGGAAAGUUCUUUUCCAUCACUCGAGGUUCUCAGCAUACAUAUGGCGCCAUGUUUGAUGGAAUGGACAACAGUGAUGGUAGAGAACAUUUUCCUCUCCUGAGUUCAUUAACUGUCGAUUGUUGUCCUAAAUUGGUUAAACUACCAAUGAUUCAAUCUCUAAAAGAGCUACAUAUUGUUGAAACUAA